AUGUCUGCAAUCCCUAAUCCAAAGGCUUUCCCACUCGCUGACUCCGGUCUAACUCAGCAAAUCUUGGAUGUCGUUCAACAAGCUUCCAGCAUGAGACAGUUGAAGAAAGGUGCCAACGAAGCUACUAAGACUUUGAACCGUGGUAUUUCCGAAUUCAUUAUCAUGGCUGCCGACUGUGAGCCUAUUGAAAUCUUGUUGCACUUGCCAUUGUUGUGCGAAGACAAGAACGUUCCAUACGUUUUCGUUCCCUCUAGAGUUGCCUUAGGCAGAGCUUGUGGUGUUUCCAGACCAGUUAUUGCUGCAUCUAUCACCACCAAUGACGCUUCUGCCAUUAAGAGCCAGAUUUACGCCGUCAAGGACAAGAUCGAAACUUUGCUGAUCUAA